AUGUUAAAAAAUAUAUUUUUUGUAUAUUAUCAAACAAAGAAAAAGAAAGAAAAAGAAAAGAAAAAGAAAAAAGAAAAAGAAGAAAGAAUAAGUGCAGGCAUGAUGUCGGAAUCACCUAUUUCAUCAUCAACCUUAUCGUCUUCGCCACUUGAUCGCGAUGGCAAAGCAAAGGAUAUAACAGUAUUUAUUGGUAAUCUUCCACAUGGCCUUGAUAACUAUGACAUCGAACAACUCUGUAAUCCAUUUAUAUCACGUAGUUCAAUUUUAACCAUAGAUUUAAAAAAUGGAUAUGCAUUUGUGUUUUUACAUGAUAAAGAUGAUGCUGAUAAGCUCAUCGAUGGAAUGCAUAAGACUAAUUAUCGUGGACGUACUCUAACGGUUCAGCAUGCCCGAGGUGAAAAUCGUAAACUUUUGAAUAGAGAGAAAAAAGCAAAACCAUGUCCAACUAUAUUUCUUGUACAUUAUAAUGUAGAUACAACAACUGAGGAGUCAAUCUCACGUCUCUGUAAGCCAUUCGGUGAUAUCGUUAGAAUUGAAAUGAGAAAAACAUUUUGUUUUGUUGAGUUUACCGAUGCCGAACAAGCAACAAAAGCAUUGGAAGCAUUACAUAAAAAAGAGAUUGAUGGUUCGAAAUUAGUAGUUGAAUUUGUAACUGGAGAAUCUAACCGUAAUGGAAAACCUGAGAGAAGGGAUAAGGGAAGAGAUAGAGAUAGAAGAGACGAUAGAGGAAGAAAUGAUAGACGUGACCGUGACAGAAGAGACGACAGAGAUAGAAGAGACGAUAGACGCGACAAGGACGAUAGACGUGAUCGUGACAGAAGAGACGAUAGAGACAGAAGAGACGACAGAGACAGAAGAGACGACAGGGAUUCCAGAAAGGACAGCAGCAGCAGCAGCAGUGGUAGCAACAGAGGAAGAGACAGAGACAGAGAUAGAGAUAGAGAUAGAGACAGAGACAGAGACAGAGAUAGAGACUAUGGAAGAAGUGAUCGUGACAAAGAGAGGGAUAGAGAUAGAGACAGGGAAAAAGAUAGAAACAGGGAUAAAGAAAGAGAUAGGGAUAGAGAUAGAAGUGAUAGACGUUUGAGUGAUAGCGGUAGUAGAAAGGACAGCGGCAGCAGUGGAAAGAAAGAUUCUGAAAAGAUGGAUUUGGAUUUAACUAAAGAAAAGAAGAGAGAUCGUGGUGAUCGUUCCUCUCGCUCACGUGACAGAUCUAGUUCACCAAGAAACACCAAGAGGGGAAGAUCAGAGUCACGUGAGAGAUCGGAAUCUCCUGACACUAAGCACACCUCUACAACUACCACCACCUCCUCAACAAACAGAUCGUCACCGCCCAGAGACAAGAAUUCAUCGUCAACCGAACGCAGUCCACAAAACAGAGAUAGAAAGAGACAAAAAGAAAGUGUUGAUUCUCAUGGAAAUGGAAACGGUUCAAAGAAGGAUGAUAUCAAAAUUAAAAAAGAAGUAACAAGAACUGCAUUUGCCGAUGGUGCAAAUAUAAUGGAUGAGUAA